GUGCGACCAGUGACGGUGAGGUUGUGGGUGGGGCUGUGUCAUUGUGCGCCUGCGUGGCAGGAGGGCGGGCUGAUGCAGCAACGGCAUUAACGGACGGACGGCAGUAUGGCGGCGCGAGGCCUAAGUCAAACAGCAUUGUCACAGAAUGAUGGGCUUACGUUUAUUGAUGAAAGUGACUUGUGCAAAAGUAUCUCCACAAGCAAUUCUCUUCCAGUAGAGAUGCUCAUACCAAACACUUCUGAAACGCAUGAGAUCUCAACUUCUAAUCCAGAAGCUGUAGUAAGUGAAAAUAAAGUUAUUGGACAAGAAACCAGUCUGGAGCCCUUUACAAAUUUGCCACAUUCUUUAACAAUGCAAGUGGAGUCACCUGAAGGUUCAGCUUCAAUGGACACUGAAUCGCAAGCUGAGAAUUCUUCACCUGAUAGAAUAGUGGAAGAUAUAGAAAAUGCAGGACUUAAUGAUUCUGAAAUCCCCUUUCCUGCGGAAUAUGAAAAGUUUUGGAAGGUGGUUGAGGAUAAUCCCCAGGACUUCACAGGUUGGACGUAUUUGCUGCAAUAUGUAGAGCAGGAGAACCAUAUUCUGGCAGCCAGAAGAGCUUUUGAUCAUUUUUUGUCCCACUACCCAUAUUGCUAUGGCUAUUGGAAAAAAUAUGCUGAUCUUGAACGGCGACAUACCAACUUGACAGAGGCAGAUGAGGUGUACCGGCAAGGACUGCAAGCAAUACCUCUUAGUGUUGAUCUUUGGCUCCACUAUAUCAAUUUCUUAAAAGAGACCUUGGAUAGCAACAACCCAGAAACUGAUGCAAAAAUAAAAAGUGUGUUUGAACAUGCUGUGCUAGCUGCAGGAACUGACUUUCGCUCGGAUAGAUUGUGGGAAACCUAUAUCAACUGGGAAAAUGACAGAGGAAAUCUAGAAGAGGUGACAGCAAUUUAUGACCGCAUUCUUGGUAUACCAACACAGCUCUACAGUCAUCACUUCCAAAGGUUCAGAGAUCAUGUUCAGAAUCACUUGCCUAAAGAUCUAAUCUCUCCAGAGGAUUUUAUUAAUCUACGUCAAGAGCUGGCUUCCACAAAUGAACAUUUUGACAAUGAUGGUAUUCCAAGAAAUGACCUGGCAGCUGAAAUUGACAUAAAUGAUCCUGCACGGAUUGUUUCUGAAAUAGAAAAUAUGCGUCAUAGAAUUAUUGAGGUUCGUCAGGAAAUAUAUAAUCAUAAUGAGAAUGAAGUUAGCCGUCGAUGGGCUUUUGAGGAAGGGAUUAAACGACCUUACUUUCAUGUAAAACCACUGGAAAAAGCGCAGCUAAAAAACUGGAAAGAUUACCUUGACUUUGAGAUAGAAAAUGGAACCCUUGAACGAGUUGUGGUUUUAUUUGAACGGUGUCUUGUUGCUUGUGCUCUUUAUGAAGACUUCUGGAUAAAAUAUGCCAAAUACAUGGAGAACCACAGCAAUGAAGGUGUACGACAUGUUUUUAGCAGAGCAUGUACAGUUCAUCUCUCCAAGAAACCCAUGGUUCACUUGCUUUGGGCAGCUUUUGAGGAACAGCAAGGGAACAUCAAUGAAGCAAGAAGAAUCCUAAAAACAUUAGAAGAUUCUGUCCCAGGGUUAGCCAUGGUCCGUUUAAGACGAGUGAGCCUAGAACGUCGCCAUGGAAAUAUUGAUGAGGCAGAGUUUCUGCUACAAGAUGCUAUUAAAAACAGUAAAACACCCAAUGAGUCAUCUUUCUAUGCUGUGAAGUUGGCUCGACUUUUAUUCAAAGUAGAGAAGAGUCUUCCCAAGGCCAGGAAGGUUCUAGUGGAAGCCAUAGACAUUGAUACGGAAAGCACCAAACUGUAUUUGAAUCUGUUGGAACUUGAAUACAAUUCAGACCUCAAACUGAAUGAGGAAAACAUUCUGAAUGCAUUUGACAUUGCAAUAAGUAGCUCAAUGCCAAUUGAAACAAGGAUUGCCUUCUCCCAGCGAAAAGUUGAAUUUUUGGAAGACUUUGGCUCAGAUGUGAAAAAACUCAUGGUGGCAUAUGAUGAUCAUCAACAGCUUUUAAGAGAUCAAGAAUCAUCUAAAAGAAAAGCAGAAAUUGGGUUGGAGGAACCAGAAGAGAAAAAGCAAAGAAAUGACACAACAUUAGAAUCUACCCAGCUGAUGAGUGGGGACUUGCAGGCUAAUCAGGCUGCAUAUAACUACAAUGCUUGGUACCAGUACAAUUAUCAAACACCCUGGAACUAUGGGCAGUAUUACCCACCACCUCCUACAUAAUUUGCUGGCAUUUACCGUGGGAAUGAAGAAUUUUUCUUUUGUUUUAAAAGUAAAAAGUGGUAAAUAUUGCUUUUUAAAGGAUGUUGCCCAAGAUUAUGGAAUUUUUUUUUUUUUAAUGAAUAAAUCUGGGGAAAAGUGUUUCAUGCAAACUACUCAGCCAACCAUUGUUUAUAUUUGCAUAAACAAAUUCUCAUAUCUUUUUGAAUGUUUUUUUUUUAAUUCUCCUUUAAUUUGUUAAUAGGAAAAUAAAUUUAAAAAUGUUACAGAAUAUCAUUGAUGGUAUAGUUUCUUAACUGCCAAUUUUGUGCAAAAGUAAUUUUUUGAAAAGUUGCUGAGAAAAUAUGUAAUCUAAUUUCAAAGUACAGCUAGUGUACUUGUUAACUUCAAAGAAGUAUUUUCUCUUUCUGGAAUAAAUGAAAAUAAAAUUACACAUCUGGAGGUCUUGACUUUUCGUAUACAAGUGUCAGUAAUAACACCAGGUUUGUGAAUGAAGAAGUGAUCUAUUUAUUAGCCAACUAACACAUUAAUGCAAUGGAAUAUUGAUAUGUCCCAGCGAAUCUAGACUAGUUAGUUCAAAAUCAUACAUAAAAAUUGUAAGUUCAGUUUCAUUAAAGCGAUUUCUAAUAGCUAUAAUUGGCUAACAACAUCACAUAUGAAAGAUGUCUGCAAACGUGCCAUCUAGAUGCUCUCUCAAUUUGGAGCAUCUUUGUUAACAGAUGCUCAAUGUCAUAGGAGGUCAUUCUAUUCUGGUAAAAUGGGAUUAUUUGAAUCAAAGGCUUUUCUUAAAUAUAAUGCAAAUCAGUUGUGUUAUCAUGUCAGUACCUGUACCUGUAUUGGAUUUGCCAAGUGUUCCAUUGCAGCAUCCUCAAGACAUAGCCAGUGUAAUUCUGCAAUUGUUUAGAAAGUUUGUUGCCAAAAGAUGAGCAAUUCUGAGUAAAGGUCAGCUAAAAGUAGGUUACACCAAGCAUGAGAGCAUUUGAAAAAAACAUAGGUUUAUUUCAGUUCUCAUUCCUAUAAAACAUGUUAUGUACACAUUCUUCCAAUAACUUUUUUCUAAUUAAUGAAAUUGUUUAAAAUAUUCUUUAUUUAUUACCUCUCAGCAGUAGCCAAAAUUCAGGGUUACUUUCCCAGUUAUUGAGAAAACCAUUUAAAUUUUUACAGCUAGAAUAGUUUGUGAAUUUUGUUCUUUUUGGAACUAAUCUUCUGGGAACAGAUCCAUUUCAUAAUAUAUCUCUUUUUGACUGUUUUCUAAAUCUGUUUCUUUGCAACUGUGCACAAUGUUAACAUUGCUGGGUGAUGCAAAAAUAAAUCUUUUUACAAAAGUU